CACUUUUUCUUUCUCUAGCUGUAUAUUUCUUACUUUACUUUAUUUAGCUGUAUAUGUAAAUUAUGGAACCAUCACUUCAAACCAUAGUACAAAUUUCUUGAACUCUUCCCAUUCCUCAAUUACUACUCCAACGUGCAUGUGUGGCUCAUAUCACUUUUGACCAUUCUUUAAUUAAUUAUAGCCAAAAAAAAAAAUAUCAAGAUUAUGUUGCUUGUUAUUUCUUUUUCACCCUUCUAUUCUCCUUUUGUCCUUACUCCUCCUCCUCCACCACCAUCUUCUUCUUAUUCUUGAUCCUACAAGAAAUUAACAAGAAUCUUGACAUGUUGAAUGAUCAAAGAGCUCUAGUCAUAGCAAACACGAGCAACAAUAACAACAACAGCAACAACAACAACAACAACAACAUAGAAACUGAUCACGAUGAUCAGCAUGAUGAUCAAAAUCAAGAUCAAGAUCAUCGAGACGAUCAUAUUAGAGACAUACAUGCUCUAACACCACCAAGGCAACCACUAUCGACGAAUAUUAAUCUUGGUCGUAGAAGAGAAACUUGGGAAACAAGUAGCCAUAGAUCAUCAUCUUUGUCCUCAGAAGGAGGAGCUCCAAGUGAGAACUUUACAACCAUGAGUAGAGAGUUCAAUGCUUUGGUUCUAGCUGGAUCUUCAAUUCCUACUACAAAUAACAACAAUGGUACAAGUCAUGAAGCUGAAGGUACAAGUCAUACCAACUUGGGAAGGAUUUUUGAAGAGGAAAAUAUGGAGGAAAAUAAUCCUUUAGCUAUUGUAGCAGAUAAUAAUAAUAUUCAUUUAGAUCCAAGUCCAUCACCUAGAGCACAUGGUACAACUAGUGGAACUAGUGAGAGUUCAAAUAUGAGUGUAAGCCAAUUACAAGGAGAAAUGACAGUACAUAGGGUGAAAAAAGAAGAAGUUGAAUCAAAGAUUAAUGCAUGGCAAACUGCUAAAAUUGCUAAGAUUAAUAAUAGGUUUAAGAGAGAAGAUGCUGUUAUUAAUGGUUGGGAAAAUGAAGAGGUCCAAAAGGCAACUUCUUGGAUGAAGAAAGUUGAGAGGAAGCUAGAGGAGAAAAGAGCAAAAGCACUAGAAAAAAUGCAAAAUGAUGUAGCAAAUGCAAGAAGAAAAGCAGAGGAAAGAAGAGCAUCAGCUGAAGCUAAGAGAGGAACAAAAGUAGCUAGAGUUCUUGAAUUAGCCAACUUAAUGAGAGCAGUUGGUAGAGCUCCAGCCAAACGCUCCUUCUUUUAAAGAGUGCGUUCUGAAAUGUAUAUCGAAUUUUCUCUUUAUAUAUAAAGGGUUAGAUCCGAAAUAUUAGGUUCCUGCCGAUCCCACAAACUCAUGGUUGGAUCCGCCACCAAGUAUAUUGGAGCACUCUACGAGUUUGGUGAGUGAGUGAAUUGUAGUAUUGAAACACUUUGUACAGUUUUUUGGAUGUUACACAAACAUAUAGUUUUAUGAGCUUAUGAACUUUUGUUUUGGGACAUUU